AUGGUAACUGAUGAAUCCGUUGCCGAGUUCAUAUCCUUGACUUCUGCAAGCGAUGACGAGGCAAAAGGUUACUUGGAGAUGGCCGGGGGCAACUUGCAGCAGGCCCUUGGCUUGUUCUUCGAGAUGGGCGGAGGAUCUCCUGCCCUCGGGCCGUCUCCAUCUCCGGCCCCAGCAGCUUCGGCAACCCAUCAGCCGGUCAUCGAUGCAGAUGUGGCUGCUGAAGUAGCGGCAGCAGCGGCUGCUGCUGGAAUUGACACAGGCCCGUUGGAGGAUGCACACAUGGCCGCGGAGGAGGAAGUACGGGCACCGUUGCCCGCUUAUCAGGAUCAGAUCAUCAAUCCGGAGCUCGAGCAUCGGAGGAUGCAGGAGCAGAUGGCUGCUGAUUCCGCUGCAAUGUUUCGGCGGAUGUCCUUUGAUCGCGGUGGUGAUUCGGCCGGAGCUGGUUCUGGAACGGGUGAAGAACAACAGGAUGAGCAAAUGGGAGAGGGCAAGGCCAUCAACAAGCUUUUUGCCCCUCCGGAGUACAACGAGGGGAGCAGCUACUACGACACAAUCGAGAAGGCGAAGGCUGAAGGCAAAUGGGUACUGGUCAAUAUCCAGCAGGCGGAAGUGUUUGCAUCUCACACCCUGAACAGGGACGUAUGGAGUGAUGACACCAUUAAAGACAUUAUCACAGGUUCGUUUCUGUUCUGGCAGCGGGAUGACAAAUCGGCCGAGGGUGACCAGUUUUGUCACUAUCACCAAUGCGGGCACCAGCUCCCUCACAUUUGUGUCAUUGAUCCUCGGACUGGACGACGGGUCAAGAACUGGGAUGGGCGCAAAUGGGUUGAGUCCCAUGCUGCAGCGGAGUACUUGUUUGGCUUUUUGGACCAGUUUUCCAUGUCUAGGUCUCCGCCAUCCAUGUCACCGACCGCUAGUCCUGUGAUGCAUCCGAAGGCUUCACCUCCAGAUCCUUCCCAGAUACAGCUUCAUGGUUUUGAGGACAUGGAGGUGGAGGGAGUGGAAACCAAGGAGGAGCCCGUGCCAGCCUUGCCAGAAGAACCAGCCGAGGGCACCGAGCAUCUCAAGGUUUCGUUUCGUUUACCUUCUGGCCAGCGAGUAGCCAGACGAUUUCGACCCGAUGAUCGGCUUGAACAGAUGUUUGUGGUCGCGGCCGCGUUGACGGAGAAACCGACCGAAAAGGUGGACUUGGCGACGCAGUUUCCCACGCGGUCGCUUCGAGAAGUUGAGGGGGGCCUCUCCACCUUGAUCAAGGAUGCGAAGGUGGCUGGCAAUCUUCUGCUGGUCAAUAUUCGGUCGUGUCCUCACCUUAGAGGACGAGAGCAUGUUCCGCAGUUCCACAGCACACUUGUAGACAGCUCAGAUAUCCUGCAACAUGCACCGCAAACUUGCGCUAACACCAAUAGGACAUGCCGCAAUUAA